UUGUCACAGUUCUCAGUUGUCUGUUAGUCUGUACUUACUGUUUGUUCACGUCCCGGCUCUGUUCUGUCUUCGUUUCCUUUUGCUUGAUGGUGCAUUGUACGAAAAUAAUGUUUUAACAAGUGUAAUAUAAAUUAAAUUCAUAAGAAUUAAUCAAUUUUCAUCGUUUGAAGCUUGUAAAGCCAUUACUAGACACCGGUAGAGUCUUUCCAUUUCUGAACACUGUGAAAUAAUGAGUGCUGCAGGAACAAGUAUUGAAAUUGAUCCACCUACUCCACAAGCCGCUCCUCAAGAGGAGGGAGAAUUUUCUGUUGAGAAAGUUCUUGAUAAAAGGAUUCGCUUUGGAAAAGUUGAGUACCUACUCAAGUGGAAAGGUUACUCAGAUGCUGACAAUACUUGGGAACCAGAAGAGAACCUGGACUGUCCUGAGUUGAUACAGCUGUUUGAAGAUUCAAUCGCACCGAAACCCAUCAAGAAAGAAGAACAACCGCCCAAGAUGUUGAGUAGAAAAAGUACUCCUGGCACCACACGGAAGAAGAUGAUUGAGGAAAUCGAAAUCGAUAAACCAAGAGGAUUCGACCGACAAUUAGAACCCGAUAAAAUUAUCGGCGCAACAGAUUCUAGUGGGGAGCUAAUGUUCUUGAUGAAAUGGAAAGGCACUGAGGAAGCUGACUUAGUACCAUCAAAACAGGCCAACCUCCUUUGUCCCCAGAUCGUGAUUAGGUUCUAUGAAGAGAGGCUCACAUGGCAUACCUCCUGUCAUGACGAAGAGGAACGUUAGGCUGUUUCAAGUUCUUCACUAAUACUGCCAAAUUAGGCUAGUUUUACAUAUUUUAUUUUAAAUAUAAGUUUUUAUCUUCUAAGUUGGUGAUGAGACUCUCUACUCAAGCCAUCUACCAGUAUUAUUGUAAUUGAUUGAUUUUGUAUGUUCCAUCCACGAAAUAACUCCCUGAGAGUUCAGGAAAGUUUGCAGCAUGUCUGUUGAGUACAUAGUUUAGUUCUUAGGUUAUUUUAGGCUACUGUGAGUUAUUUUAACUUUUGGUUACCUUCUCACCUUCCUGGUGAAGUAAUGCAAUAUUUUAUUAAUUUCUCCUCUAUGUGUGCUAAUGGAGAACUGUAAUAAUACUGUAUACUGAAAUACUAUAUAAUAUAAUUACAGUAUAUUAUUUUAGUGAAAUAUGCAUAGACUAUAUUGGAUAAGUAUAAUACUUCUAAAUGUAACUUCACGUUCAGGAUUUGCAAUCCUCGGAGUAAUUACAAUACAUUCCUUUAUCAGAAGUCCAUAUAUAAGGGUGUUUUUAUAAAGUUUUAGUUUUUCUCACGAUUAAAAUGAUAUGCAAUUGUAUGCUAUCGAUAUUCACAAUGAUAUAAGUGAAUAGUUAUUUUAUUUUAAUGUCGUGUUCCUCAAUAUUCAACAGUGAAAGUAAUAAAUCCAACUUCAGAAGAGACUUUUCAUCAAAAAUCUGUAUAUGUUUCCCAAAAUCGUCAUAGUGUCACAAUUCAUUUUCCAGCUGUACUAAACUCAAAUUAACCUAAUAUUUUUAACAUUGAAUCGUUCACAUUUUUCUUAUCAUUCUAUUUUCUCAUCAUUGUCCAUAUAAUGGUGCGAAAGAAAUUUAGUAGAAUACAAUUUCUAUAACUAACUUAUAGCUAUUGUCCCUGGAGCUUUAAAACUCGCUAUCGAACUACUUAUUUUUGAUAACAAAUUCAAUGAUUGCUCUGAUAAGAGAUUUUCAACCGAUUAGUUGCCCUCCUUCUCCUAAAUACAAUAAAUAAAAUGUAAACCAUAUCUAAAUAGAGAUAAUGAAAUAAUUAUUCCCAGUAACUUUGAGCUUGCUUCAAGUUACCUCUUAUAUUUUUAUUUGUAAUUCUGUGGCAAUUGGAAUUUAAAUAACAUUUAUAUAUUCUGUCCCUUUAUAUAGUUUGUAUUCUUAAUUUAGGCAUAGGCUAGUGUGUUAUGAGUCUGAGAAGUAUUUUCUAAUGUUCCAUUGUCAUGUGAACGUAAUUACAAAUUAUAAGAAGACUAUUAUCAUAACAUUGCUGUGAUAUGAUAAAUCUUAGUUAUUUUAUGAUAAUAUUAUCUAAGUACUAAUUUAUAUUAUUCAUAGUUGAAAAUCAUUAAAAAAAAUCAUAGUUUGGUUUAGUUUUUUAUAGCCCUAUUAUUUAUGCAACCAAAUUAUUUCUUAAGUAAUACAAGUAGGUAGUGUUUGUUCUAUUAAAAAUAAGUUACUUCAAUUGAAAUAUGACAAAUAACCAAUAGAUUUGGAUGUUUGCGGGUAAGAGCAUUGGAACCUCUUGCAUUGUAAAUUCUUUGUCGUACUCAGUCUUCGAUGUGCUUCUGAAAUUAUACUUCUUAAACCUUAAA